AAUUUUAAUUUCUUUACUCUCUCAUGAUAUCAAGCAACUAGAUAGAUUUUCAUCCACUCGAUUCCUUGCGAAUUACUGUUUGAGAGUUGAUGUAAAGAGUCCAACGAUAUCAUCUCUUUAACAAAUAAAGGACUUUUAAGCUAGCUAGCUCCCCCAUUGUUCUUUGAUUGAGCUUGGAGAUGAUUGUUCAGCCUGUUGUCUCUUUGGUUGUGGAAAGGGUUGGUGAAUGGUUGAUCGGAAGAGCAAACCUCUCACCCGAAGUACGCUCCGAGGUGGAGGGAAUUCAAAGGAACCUAAGAUUGAUGACGAUCAUCGUAAGGAAUUCAAAUGCAAAUCAUACAGAAACGGCGGCAUGGCACAACUUUGUUGUUGAGAUCCAAGAUGUCGCUUAUGAUGCUGAAGAUGUAAUCGAAACUUUUAUCCUCACCGUACCAAUGAGGGAUAGAAGAAGAAGAGGUAUUAUCCAUUUCUUUCUAAAAAGAGGUGCUUGCAUUUAUAGAGAGUCUGUAGACCGUCACAAUGUUGGGUCAGAGAUCAAGGAUGUUAGGAACAGGAUUUCUGAACUUUUCACAAAUUUACAAGCUUAUGGCAUGAUAAGACGCAUGGUGGAAGGAGAACAGUCAUCAAGUUCCGCACAAGAAAGGGCUUAUCAGACGGACUUAUUCCCAUGUGGUUGAAGAGGAUUUCAUAGAUAUGGAGAAUGAUGUGAAGAAAUUGGUGGGACAUCUGGUGAAUGAAGACACAGAUAAUUAUCAAACGGUUUGCAUAUGUGGUAUGGGUGGUUUGGGCAAGACCACUCUUGCUCAAAAAGUCUACAACCACAACGAUGCAAAGUGUCACUUUGAUUAUCUUGUUUGGGCUUGUAUAUCUCAGAAACAAGAUGUUUUGCAAGGGAUCCUUAUUAAACUUCUUCCCGAGAAGAAGGAGGAGGAGAUUCACCGUAUGAGAGAUGAGGAGUUAACCAGGCAGCUCCAUCAAGUCCGGCUUGAUAAAAGAUGCUUAAUAAUUCUUGAUGACAUUUGGGAACAGGGGGAUUGGGACAUCUUGAAAUUUGCAUUUCCGAUUGGAGAAGCGACACGCAGCAAAAUAUUACUCACCACCCGUAAUAAACAAUUGGCUUCAUAUGUGAAUCCACGUGGAUUCCUCCAUGAACCACGGCUAUUGAAUGACGGUGAAGCUUGGGAACUGCUUCAAAAGAAAGCAUUUAGAAGAGCACACGGUUCAUCAGACAAUAGACCUGACAAAAAGAUUGAAGAGUUGGGGAUCAAAAUGGUUUAGACAUGGUGGAGGUCUACCAUUAGCUGUUGUUGUGCUUGGAGGUAUUUUGGUAACCAAACAUACAAAGGAGGAGUGGGAGAAGGUGCAUAGGAAUAUUAAUUCCCACAUAAGUAAGGGCACAAGCGUGGGGCAUGAAGAUGGAGGAGUAUCACAAGUGUUGGGUUUAAGUUACCAUGACUUAUCAUAUCAGUUGAAGCGAUGCUUUCUCUAUUUAGGAAGCUUUCCGGAGGAUUCUCGGAUUGAAUUAGAGAAAUUAUAUCAAUUGUGGAUAGCUGAAGACCUGAUAUUGUCAUGUGACACAGAAGGAGAAGACACAAUGAUGGACGUUGCAGAGCGUUACUUGAGUGAAUUGGCAAACAGGUACAUGGUUCACUUGGGAAUAGAAUAUGAUUUUAAAUAUUGCAGGCUUCACGACAUGAUGCGAGAAUUGAGCAAGUCAAGAAGAAAUUUUUUUCAAUGUCAUUGAUUCUGAGAAAAGUUCAUCAACAUCAUCAAAUGCUAAAGUACGCAGAGUUGCCAUCCAUGGCCAUUUGGGGAAGGAGGAGGAUUAUGGUGAUUGGCUUUCAACUCAGUACUACCUUCCGUCGUUGCUUUUAUUCGGAGAUGAUUGGAGGCCAUGGAUAAUAAAUUCAUGCCAUUGGAAAGACUUGAAGGUGUUGAGAGUUGUUCAUCUUGAAUCAAUUCAUGCCAAAAAGGGCAAGAUGGUAAUUUGUUACAAAUCAGUAAUUUGAGACUCAAGGGCAUAAACGUCAUUUACUUGUAUCACGCAAUAAAUAAAAUAAGGCCCGGGAUAAUAUUGUCUUUUCGGUGGUUAAAA